AUGAAAUUAAUACUACUUUUAAUAUUAACUGUUUGUUUGGCAGUUCCAACAUUAUCAUUCAACAGAGAUUCGAAUUGGGUCAGAAGUGAUAGAGCAAGUAAAAACCAUUUAGUUAACUUCCAUGUUGCUUUAAAUCAAAGAAAUCUUGAUAUUUUAGAAUCUACUUUAUUAGAUGUCUCUAAUCCAUUAUCACCAAACUAUGGUAAAUAUUGGGAUAUGGAAUCAGUAUUAGGUUUAGUUGCACCAGAACAAAAAGUUGUUGAUACCGUUGAAGAAUAUUUAUAUGAAAAUGGUUGUGAAUCAGUCGAAAUUCAUAGUGAUUACCUUAAAGUUUCUGCACCAGUUUCUGCAAUCGAAAAAAUGUUUUCAGUCGAAAUGUUCAACUACAAACAUGCUGUUAAAGCCAAUCAAAAAUUAAUUCGUUCAAAACAAACCUAUACCAUUCCACACCAAAUUAAAGAACAUGUUCAUAUUGUUACAGGUUUAUCUGAAUUACCACACUUAAGCAAUGGACCACAAAAACAUAAAUUAAAUCAUAAAUCAGUUCAAUCCACUCCAAAUGCUGACCCAGGUCUAGUUAUUCCAGCUACCAUUCAAAACUUAUAUGGUAUCCCAACUAACUACAACAAUCAUCCAAAUACAUCAAUGUGUGUUGCUGAAUUCCAAGCUGAUCAUUCAUACAAUCCAAAAGAUUUAAAUACAUUUGCUACCAAAACUGGAACUCCAUUAAUUAAAGUUACAAAGAGAGUUGGUCCAUUUGUUCCAUCCGACCCAGAUGGUGAAUCAACAUUAGAUGUUCAAUAUGGUGCUGCCAUUGCUGAAGAUGCUCAAUUUUGGUUUUGGACUGUUGAUGGUUGGAUGUUUGAAUUUUCAUCUGCUCUUGCUGAACAAUACCCAGCUCCUUAUGUUGUUAGUAUGUCAUGGGGUUGGCCAGAACCAGAACAAUGUGGCGGAAACAACCCAGCUAACUGCCAAAAAGGUGAAAACUCAUUCGAAUAUGUCGAACGUACCAAUAUUGAAUUCCAAAAGAUUGGUUUACGUGGUAUCACUCUUUUAGCUUCUUCAGGUGAUGAUGGCGCUCCAGGUAAUGGCAAUCCAGAUUGUUCAACUAAAGGCCAAGUAAUUUCAACUAUUUUCCCAGGUGCUUCACCAUGGGUUACCUCUGUUGGUGCCACAAUGUUAGGCAAAUCAUCAUCAAAUAGUGGCAACAUCUACAAAGGUAUUCCAGUCUGUAAUAAUAAUAAAUGUGCUACAUCUACUGAAGAAAUUGUUUGUCAAGCUCCACCAGCUGCCAUUACUACUGGUGGUGGUUUCUCAAACUAUAUCCCACGUCCAUCAUGGCAAUCAGAUGUUGUUGAUGCAUAUCUUAACUCUGGUACACCAUUACCAGCAUCAAAAUACUUUAACUCAAGCAACAGAGGUUUCCCAGAUGUAUCUGCUUUAGGUCAUAACUAUUAUAUUGUUUUAGGUGGUAAUCCAACACCAGUCGAUGGAACCUCUGCAUCAUCACCAGUAUUUGGCGCUAUUAUUUCAUUAUUAAACAGCUAUCGUUUCAAUAACAACAAAUCACCACUUGGUUUCAUUAACCCAGUUCUCUAUGCCGCUGCUGCCUCAAACAAUAAUGCCUUCACUGAUAUUACAUCAGGUGAUAAUAAAUGUACUACUCAAUGUUGCUCUAAAGUUGGCUAUGUCGCCGCCAAAGGAUGGGAUCCAGUUACCGGAUUAGGUACUCCAAACUUUAAAGGUUUAUUAGCUUAUAUCCAAACUUUACAAUAA